GACGCGGCGCGGGGCCAUCGGACAUCUUGGGCCGCCCCGCACGGAGCGGGGAGCGCCGCCGCCGCCGGGUCCCCGGGGCGGGAGCAGCCCCGGCGCCCCCCUCGCCUCGCCUCGCCCCGGCUGCCUCUCCCUCCCCCGCCUCCCCCGGGCUGCUCAGAGCAUCCCUCCUCCCCUCUAUGCAUUUAUCUUAAUCCUUCUCAGAGACAAGAUGGCAACGCCGGCGGCUGUAAACCCUCCCGAAAUAGCAUCUUUGAAAGAGUCUGCUUUAAAGAAAUGGCAUCUGAUAUCCCUGGCUCAGUGGCCUUGCCAGUGGCGCCAAUGGCAAGUGGACAGGUGAGAAUGGCAGGAUCCAUGCCUUCCAGAGGAGGAAAGCGCCGCUCUGGAAUGGAUUUCGAUGAUGAAGAUGGGGAAGGACCCAGCAAAUUUUCAAGGUAUGAUGGUGAUCAAAUCUCUGGUGAUAAGGAAAAGUUUGCAAGGUGGGAAGAUGAUCAAAGUACUGCUGACACAGAAAGGAUGGCCAGGGAGAAUCACAGUGAAAUUGAGAGGCGCCGAAGAAAUAAGAUGACACAGUACAUCACCGAACUGUCUGAUAUGGUGCCCACUUGUAGUGCGUUGGCUCGUAAACCUGACAAGCUGACGAUUCUUCGGAUGGCAGUUUCACACAUGAAAUCAAUGAGGGGCACUGGAAAUAAAUCUACCGAUGGUGCUUACAAGCCUUCAUUUCUUACAGAACAGGAACUGAAACAUCUUAUCCUGGAGGCUGCAGAUGGGUUCCUGUUUGUAGUUGCAGCUGAGACCGGGAGAGUCAUCUACGUAUCCGAUUCUGUGACUCCUGUGCUGAACCAGCCUCAGUCCGAAUGGUUUGGCAGCACUUUGUAUGAGCAGGUUCACCCAGAUGAUGUGGAAAAGCUACGGGAGCAGCUGUGUACAUCCGAAAACUCUAUGACAGGACGAAUCCUGGACUUGAAGACUGGAACGGUAAAGAAAGAAGGUCAGCAGUCCUCAAUGAGAAUGUGCAUGGGAUCAAGACGCUCUUUCAUUUGCAGGAUGAGGUGUGGAAAUGCUCCUCUGGAUCAUUUACCUCUGAACAGAAUAACCACCAUGAGAAAAAGAUACAGGAAUGGCCUUGGCCCAGUAAAAGAAGGCGAAGCGCAGUAUGCUGUUGUCCAUUGCACUGGCUAUAUCAAGGCAUGGCCACCAGCAGGAAUGACUAUACCAGAAGAAGACGCUGAUGUGGGACAAGGUAGUAAAUACUGUCUCGUCGCAAUAGGAAGGCUUCAGGUAACCAGCUCUCCAGUGUGCAUGGACAUGAAUGGCAUGUCGGUCCCAACCGAGUUCUUGUCGAGGCACAACUCUGAUGGAGUCAUCACGUUCGUUGACCCCAGGUGCAUCAGCGUCAUUGGCUACCAGCCCCAGGAUCUUCUGGGGAAAGACAUUUUAGAAUUCUGCCAUCCUGAAGAUCAAAGCCAUUUGAGAGAGAGUUUCCAACAGGUUGUGAAACUGAAAGGUCAGGUCCUGUCUGUGAUGUAUCGUUUUCGCACCAAAAACCGGGAGUGGAUGCUGAUCAGAACCAGCAGCUUCACGUUUCAGAAUCCUUACUCCGACGAGAUUGAGUACAUCAUCUGCACCAACACCAAUGUGAAACAACUUCAACAGCAGCAAGCAGAACUUGAAGUGCAUCAAAGAGAUGGGCUGUCAUCCUAUGACUUAUCACAGGUGCCUGUUCCAAGUAUACCAGCUAAUGUUCACGAGGGUGGAAAGUCUGUGGAGAAGCCUGAUGCUAUCUUCUCCCAGGAGAGAGAUCCUAGAUUUGCUGAGAUGUUUGCUGGAAUAACUGCUUCAGAUAAAAAAAUGAUGGCCUCAGCAUCCACAGCAGGAAACCAGCAGCUUUACUCACAGGGAAGCCCAUUUCAGCCAGGACAUUCAGGAAAGUCUUUCAGUUCAUCUGUGGUACAUGUGCCUGGUGUGAACGACAUCCAGUCUUCUUCAUCAACAGGCCAAAAUCUGACACAGAUAUCUCGCCAGCUAAAUCAGAGUCAGGUGGCCUGGACAGGAAAUCGCCCACCAUUUCCAGGACAGCAAAUUCCGUCGCAGUCUGGGAAGGCUCAGUCAUCUCCCUUUGGGAUUGGAACAAGUCACACCUACCCAGCUGAUCCAUCAUCGUACAGCCCUCUUUCCAGCCCUGCCACCUCUUCUCCGAGUGGGAAUGCCUACUCUAGCUUAGCAAACCGAAGUGCAGGGUUUGCUGAAGGUGGCCAGAGCAGUGGCCAGUUCCAGGGGAGACCAUCCGAAGUCUGGUCCCAGUGGCAGAGCCAGCAUCACAACCAGCAAAGUGGGGACCAGCAUUCGCACCCGCAGCCCAGUCAGACGGAGGUGUUCCAGGACAUGCUGCCAAUGCCGGGGGAUCCGACGCAGGGUACUGGCAAUUACAACAUUGAAGAUUUUGCUGAUCUAGGCAUGUUUCCACCAUUUUCUGAAUAGCUUGUGAAGCAGAAAUGGAAGCUCUUCUCCAAGGCCCCUUCAGUGUAUUUUUGGCUCUGCUUUUUCUGUGUUGCAUUUCUGUAGAAGCUACUAAACCAGAAGACGCAUUUCUCAUAUUUCAGAUAGUGGUGUAGGGCUUGCUCUUACCUCCUUGGGGUGCGUCAGUGCCAACAGAGGAGCUCCAGCUCGUUAGUGUUCAUUGACAGCUCCAUUUUUUUUUUAAUGUCAUCUACCUCAGAGAUCAAAAACUUUGCUUGAUUGAAAAAAAUAAUCUCUGAGUCUUAAAUAUUUGAAUGUGAAUUAUACCUAAUAUUUCCUUUUGAAUGGUAAUUUUUAAAUAGAUAAUGAAGUAACAAAGACUAACAGAGAAAAGGUAAGGUAAUGUCUUGUUACAGUGCCUACCGCUCAAUUUCGAUGCCUUGCUUUAAGCUUAAGUUUCUGGAAGCAGACACAAUAUUCUGUUUUCUUUGAUUCUUGUAGUUCUUAGGUCACUUUAAAUGUGAGAUUAAGCAACAUAAUGUAGGCCUCUCUCACCAGAAGAUUCAGCUCCGCCUUUUCUAACUUAAACUUGAAUGUGUGUACAUUUUGGUACUUUAUGUAUAUCUUGUGCUGUAUGAAGUGAUUUCCUGUACUGGUUUCUUUUGCCUUUAAAUAGGGUCCGUUCUGGAGCAUACUGAGAAGGCUAACAAUAUGUGGAGGAUUUAGGUAUUGGAGGAGUCUCCAUCACUUCACAUAGUGUUCUUAUUUUUAAUUCAGGUGGUUCUCUAUUCAGAACAAGCAUUUACUUACAUAAGCUAUUAGUCUGGUUUUGCACUGAAUUGAGGCCUAUAACUCUAUACGUUUCUCACUGGCUGCUUUAAUUUCUAUUGUUCUUGUUCUCCCAAAAAUAUUGCCUCAUAAAAAUGACUAUAAACACA